UCGUUUCGUCCAUCUUUACGCCGUUCUAAAUACAUUUCGACUCGUGAAACGUUUAUUUCACAAUUGCAUGAAAUGCAAUUUAAAAUUAAAUAGGAAUGGGUUAGGAAUUGACGGAACGUUCGCUUGUUAUUACGGAAUAAGCUCGGAAGAGUGGUGACAAUGAAGUUCGUUCGAUCUUUUUAAAUACGAUUCACACUUGCUGCGAUUAUACAUAUUAAAAUCGUGUAUUGUUUACAUAACGAACCUCUCGGCGUUGGAUCACUUUCGUCAGCCCCGUCAAACUGCGUUUCAAAUAAAGUUUAUACUUUUUCAAAGGAUAAUGGCUGGAGAACAAUUUUCGUUAGUGUGGAACAGCUUCCCAAGGAAUUUGUCAUCCGGACUCUAUACCCUGCUGGCGGACGAACAAUUAGUGGAUGUGACAUUAGCAGCGGAAGGACAGAUAUUACGCGCUCACAAAUUAAUAUUGUCAGUCUGCAGUACAUACUUUAGGGACCUGUUCAAGGGGAAUUCUUGUAAACAUCCGAUUGUGAUUUUGAAAGAUGUCAAUUAUCGGGAUCUGUCAGCAAUGCUGCAUUUCAUGUAUCAAGGGGAAGUAAAUAUCAAGAAGGAAGACAUCGCUGGCUUUUUAAAAGUAGCGGAGACGUUACAGAUAAAAGGUCUGACCACGGACACCGAAGAGAAGUUGGAAGAAAGUUUGACAAAGAGUGCACAAAACUUGGAUCAGUUUUUUAACACGGAAAAGAACAGUAUUAAUUCAUUCGCAUCAGACGCGAACGCUUCCACAUUUACGGAGGAGAGACAGUUUUUACAAAAGGACCAACAACGUGAGAGACAAGACGUUUUAUCGAGGGAUGAAUAUCUAAAUAACGAAACUCCAGACACUUAUUAUCAACAAGAUUCUAUGUCCGACCCGACUUGUAACAUGCAGGACAUGGACGCGAUACGAAAUACGAGUUCUGCGAACGUAGAAGCGGAGUGUAACGAGGAGGAGCCGUUGAACUGCACCUCUGAUAUAAAUUAUACAAUCCCGCAGAAACAGGAACCGUUGAAUUAUACACUCGACACGGAUCCAAAGACUAGAUACAAGACGUAUCUACCCAAUAAAUCGGUUUACAAACCUGAAGAAAAUUCGCAGAUGAAAGAUUACGUGCCGGAGAUGCAGCUAGUUCCCUACGAUCAAAAUGCACAGAUCCAACCAUACGGUUUAAGUAACAUGACCGGUAUUGAAAAUGAAUUUACUCGCGAAACUGGUUGUCGUACUAAAGGUCGACAAACUGUUAAAGGUAUCUCCAACAAUAGCCUGCCGUUGGAGACGACACUGCGCGUCGUAUCCGAACUGGGACCGACGUUACGCAUGGAAAGGGGCAAGGUGAUUCGAAUGUACUCGUGUCCAUGGUGUCUGCGACACUUCACGCGUAAGGAGAAUCUGAAAUUGCACGUGCGUUAUAUCCACGGGCCGCUUGAAAGUCUAACGUGUAAACUUUGUGGUAAUAAAUACAAGAACAGCAACAGUCUACGUGUACAUUCGUAUCUUUAUCAUAACGCUAAACGGAACAAACCCAACAAGCCGUUCGUAGACGGCGGCGCAUGAAAUGAAACGAAAUUGAAUAGCGUUAAAUAUUGUCACGUCGGAACGCGUCGAAUUGUAGGAUAGCAUGUGCCGCGUAUGUAAUUGGCAUUUUAUUUAUGGUCUCUGCCGCCGAGCCCUCGCUCCUGAUCAGCGAGGAUCUCGAUCGAGACGUCUCGAGACAACGUCUAGUAGGAUUACAUGGCUAUCGGAGAACAGCACUGAACUCGGAGGAACACGAUAUUCUCUUAAUUAAUUAGAGACGUUUAGGAUCUAGAUACGACUAUAUAUUUUAUAUAAAAGCAGAUCAUUUUUUAAAAGAGCUUCAAUGUAAAUAGUA